AUGAGUUUAAAUGGGGUAGAUCUAAAUACUACAGAUUUUAUAAACGAAAAAGAAGAGUGGAUGAAAAAAUAUGAAAAUAUCGAAUUAGAAUACUCUGCCCUCAAAAAAAAAUUUGAAGAAUUUUCUAUAGACUACAAAAAUAAGAAUGAAGAAAUAAAAAAUUUUGCAGCAAUAAAAAAGGAUAUGGUACUUCGAUAUGCAUACAUGAAAAAUGAAAACGAAUUUCUUAAGACACAACUGAAUAUUUUAAUACUAGAAAAAGAAGAUGAAGAGAAAAAAAAAAGAGAACUGAUGGAAAUAAACGAAAAACAAAAAAGAGAAAUAGAAGGGUACAAGAAAAUAUUUGAAGGAGUUAAAAGUUAUAGUAUAUCAUUUAAAAAGAAAAAUGAAGAAGCCGAAAAGAAAAUAUGCACUCUUAUUGAUAAUGAUAUAUUAUUAAAAAAGGAUAACAUAUUAUUAAAAGAAGUUGUUAAGACAAGUGAGAAAUUGAAUAAUAUAAAUAAUAAUGUAAAUAAAUUAUUACAAUUAGAAAUUGAUGAUACGAAAAAAAGGUUGCAUGCUGCGAAUAAGAAGAUUGAAGAUUUUUAUAAAUCUUUUAAUAUAUUAAAAAAGAAUUAUUUAAAAUAUAAACAAGAUAAUGAUAAAAAAAUGAUGUUAUUAAUACAAAGUAAUGAUAAUUUAAAAAAUGAGUUAGAAGAAAAGAAACAUAUACAAAUGUAUAAUGAUGAAUGUAAAAUACAUAUGGAUGAUUUCAAUAGAUCAAAUAUUUUAUUAGAAUAUUAUGAAAUAAAAUAUAAAGUAAAUAAUAUGAAUAAAACAAUUUUGUGCAAUAAAAUGAAUAUGUUAUAUGAUGAUUUAUAUGAUGAAAAAAGAAAAGAAAAAAAUAAUGAAAUAAAUAUAUUUAUUGACAAUCAUAAAGUUAAUAAUAAUGAUAUAUAUAAUAAUAACCAUAUGAAGGAAAAUAAUAAUUUUCAUACCCUAAUGGAUAAAUUAAAAAAUAAGAUUUUAAAAGAAGAAACAAAUGAUGACAUAUACAAUUUAUUCUUUUACAAUUUAUCAUUACAUGAUUAUAAGAAACAAAUAGAAAACAUCCACAAGUAUUAUGAGGAAGAUAUAUAUGUAGAUGAAAAUGUGGACAUAUUAAUAAUACAAAAUAAUUUUCAUAUUUCUUACAUAUUAAAAAUAUUGAAUUUUAAUAUAAAAAUAAUGAAUGAUAUCAUAGAUUGUUAUAAUAUUAGCCAGAUACUUUUAAAAUAUAUAUAUAAUACAUACUUAGAAAAAACAAUCCAACAUAUAUAUAAUUCUAUCUCUAUUGAUAUUAUAGAAGAGAAAUGUUGUAUUAGAUUUGGAGUUUUUUUUUUUAUUACCUUAUCAAAUUUUUUGUUAUGUAUAAUUAUAUAUAUGAAACUUAUGAGAAGUUUAGAUCAAGACACUUAUAUAAAAUUAAUAGAGAAUGAGGAAAUUAUAAAAUUAUUUUGUGUGAGUAAAUAUAUACUUGAAAAAUAUAUGGAGAAAAUACGGAUGAAAUUGUUUUCUUCAAAUACUGAUUAUAUUACAUUGUAUAUGAUAAGUCACCGGUUAAAGGAGCUUUAUUAUUCUGUUUAUUGUUCAAAUAUUAAAAAUAAAAAUAAAAAUAAAAAAAAAAACAAAAAUAAUAAUAAUAAUAAUAAUAAUAAUAACGAAAGUGAUAAAAAAAAUAAUAAUAGUGAUAAUGUAUUAAUUCAUUUGAAAUAUAUAAAUAAUGACACUCUUAAGGAUAACACAAUAUAUAAUAUAGAUCAUAAAAAUAUUACAUCUCUUGAAUUAUUUUGUUUUCUUAAUUUUACCCUUGCGAUAUCUAUCCUUUUAAUAAUAGAUACAGAUAUGAUACUAGAAUGUGAUUGCGAUAUAAAUUUACAAAUAGAGAUAGUUAAAAAAUGUAAGGAUAUGAUCCAAACGAUUAAAGUUCCUAAGAAAAUUAUCAAUCUUAGUAUCAUUCCACUAAAUAAAUAUAAAAUGUCUUUUAAAAAUUAUAUAGAACAUAUAACUAAUUUCCAACAAGUAGUAACACAAAAUAUAAAUCCUAUGGAAGAUACAACAAGAAGAGAAAAAAUUUCUAACGAAUUUAUAAAUAAUUUAAGUACCCAAAUUUUAAACCAAUUAAAUAUAAUUGAAGGUGAAUGUUGUACUAUGUAUUCUAUAAAUAUAGAUAAUGAACAAAAUAAAGAUAAAAAAAAAAAAUGUGUUUUAUAUCCCUUAGAAAUAUGCGAUAUAUAUAUAAAAAUAUAUAACAAAAUAGUAUCGAAUAAAAAUAAAAAUAUGAUAGAAAAAAAAGAUAUAGCACAAAAGGAUAAUAUAAUAAAGAAUCUAAAAAAUGAAAUUAUUCUUCUAGAAAAUAAAAUAAAAUCAAUCAAAAGUAAGAUGAAUGUAUUAAUUAUUAAGGAAGAAAAAUCUAGAAAAAUACAUAUGGAUUUGAAUAUAUUAAAAAAAGAGAAAGAAGAAUAUAUACAAAUCAUAAAUAAUUUAAGAAAAGUUCAAAAUAAUAAUAAUAAUGAAAUUUCAUAUAUUACAAAACAAUAUAAUGAUACCAAAAAUAAAUAUAUGGAAUUAUUAAAAAAUUCAGAAGGAAAAAAAAAAAAAAAAUAUCAAAAUAAUAAUAAAAACAUGGAUGAGUAUUCAAAUAUAGAUAAUAUAUAUUAUAUGAAAAAGGUUAUAAAUAAUUUAUAUUAUGAAAACUUUCUAAAUAACAUUAACAAAUAUUAUUAUUUAUAUAACCAAAUGGAUGAUCACUAUUGUCAUAAUUAUGAUAAAUUAACUUCUAAUAUAAAAGGAGGAAUAACAAAAAAUAUAAACAAAAAAAGAAAAGACAUCUCAAAAAUGGAAAGUAAUGAUAUUAUUAAUACAACUGAUGUUAAUGAUAAUAUUGAUUCGUUUGGAUGUAAUACAUGUUAUAACAACACUUUUCAUAUAAACAAUAUUAAUAAUUAUACAAUAGAAAAAUUUAUAAGAAAUAAUUUUAUUAGUAACCAUUUUUAUAAUAAUUGUGAGGAUAAUAUUUUAUUUGAUGAUAUAUAUAAUUGUGAAAUUAUUAAAAAUAGAUUAUCUAAGAAUAAAAAUGAGUAUUUUAAAAAUAAAAUUUUUCAAUACUGUUUUACAAAUACAUAUGAAUUUAAUGAUAUGAAUAAUAAAAAUAUACACAUUAUAGAUAUUAUAGAAAGAUAUAAAAAUUUAAAAAACGAGAUUUUAAUAGAAAUAUUAAAUACAAGUAAUGAUGAUCAAAUUAUGUGUAACAAACAAAGUAAUCUAUACAAAAAAAAAAAAAAAAAUUAUAUUCAUUUAUAUCAUAAAAUCAUAGAAUUAAAACAAAAGAUAAAACAAUAUUAUCAUAAUUAUAAUAUUACUUUAUAUAAUCAAAAUAAUUACUCCUUAAAUAAAAUACUAAACAUAACCAUUCAACAAAAUGGUGCAAAUGACCAAAAUGAUGAUAUAUCAAAUUCACUAGAAAAUUUUAAUAAAAUGAAAAGUUCUUAUAAAUAUGAGAGUCAGGAUAAAAACUAUAAUGAUGAACAAACAUUACAAAUAAAUGAAAAUAAAACUUUAACGAAAUCUCAUAUUAAGGAAGAUAAAAUUAUAUUAGGUCAUGAUUCUUUAGGACAUCUAAUACAAAAUAUAUUUAAUAUAUAG